GAAAAAGUAUGACGGAACGAUGACCACAUCUUCUGCAGUUCUAUGAAAAUGAUGACAACAUCUUCUUCCUCUGCAAUUAUGAAGAACUAAUGAUAUAUACAAACUUCUUGAUACAUAAAGUUUUCAAGAAGCUCUAAAUUCAUACAAGUCAUGGAUGAAGAAGCAGCGAUUGAUCGAUUACCGUUAGACCUUCUGGCUUAUAUAUUUUCAUUGGUCACUUCUUUCACCGUUUUGGGGCAGGCAAGUGGUGUUUGCAAGAAAUGGAGAAAAGCUGUAAAUCAAUCGAUGGCGAGAAGAGAAUCUCUGAGCUUUGCUGGUUGGAAAAUGGACGAUGAUUCCACUUCUCGUCUUGUUCAUCUUGCUUACAACCUCAAAGAACUCGACAUAUCUCGGAGCAGAUGGGGUUGUCAUAUAACUGAUAAUGGUCUUUACCAAAUAGCUUCUGCAAGAUGUGUUUCCAAUUUAAACUCUGUCUCUUUAUGGGGGAUGACCGCCAUUACUGAUUCUGGUGUUGUUCAACUGAUUUCAAGAACUUCUUCACUGCAACACCUAAACAUAGGAGGAACCUUUAUAACCGAUGAGUCUCUUUUCGCUAUUGCAGAACGCUGCCAUCAUCUUAAGACAAUCGGGAUGUGGUGUUGCCGUCAUGUGACAGAGAGAGGCCUUCUCGUUCUUGUAAACAAAUGCGGAAAACUCGAAUCGAUCAACUUAUGGGGAACUAGAGUUCCUGUGGAUUGCUUCAUUGCUUUACUUACAAUCAGUCCUGCACUUCAGAUCAAACCCAUGGAAUUGCUUCUCAAUGCUCAGAAUCCACCACCAUUGUUGCAUGCUGUCUAGUGUUGCUCAACAUUUGUCCUGUUUGUUGUGUACAUAGUAAUUCAUAAAAUUGAAUCUGCAUAUAUCUUAUGCGUUCUCGGUUCUUCCAUCAAUAACAUAUAUAAAUUAUACAGUAAAGUUUCUAUUAAA